AUGUCGAAUGCAAAGGAGAGAAAACAUGCGAAGAAAAUGAGAAACCAACCCACCAAUGUGACUUUGUUCUCUGGCUUUGCAGCUAAUCGAAGUGUAAAGCAUUAUGGUGGAGGUGGGAAACCUGCCCAGACUCAAAAGCCAGAAUCUCGUUCUGGAAGUGCACAGCAGCAAGAAAGCAAAGUGACCCACCAUUCCCUGCGUGACCCGGAUGUGAAUGAGCAGUCUUCCUCCAAAGUAACAUUCAGAAAGAAGGGAGGCUGGAAAGCAGGCCCCGAGGGCACAUCUCAGGAGAUGCCCAAGUAUAUCACUGCUUCUACAUUUGCUCAGGCACGAGCUGCUGAGAUCAGUGCGAUGUUAAGAGCGGUGACCCAGAAGUCUUCCAAUUCCAUGGUUUUCCAGACUCUGCCACGGCACAUGAGGCGAAGAGCCAUGAGCCACAACGUCAAACGCCUUCCUCAGCGCUUACGGGAGAUAGCUCAGAAAGAGGCAGAGAAAACAGUGCAUCAGAAAAAAGAACAUUCAAAAAAUAAAUGCCAUAAAGCUCGACGAUGUCACAAAAACCAGAUGCUGGAAUUUAACCGUAGACAAAAGAAGAACAUGUGGUUAGAAACUCACAUCUGGCAUGCCAAACGGUUUCACAUGGUCAAGAAGUGGGGCUACUGCCUCGGGGAGAGACCAACAGUCAAAAGCCACCGGGCCUGCUAUCGAGCCAUGACGAACCAUUGUCUCCUUCAGGAUAUAUCUUACUACUGUUGUUUGGAGUUGAAAGGCAAAGAGGAAGAGAUCCUGAAGGCACUUUCUCGAAUGUGUAGCAUAGAAACAGGAUUGACUUUUGCAGCAGUUCACUGUUUAUCUGGAAAGCGCCAAGGUAGUUUGAUGCUUUACCGGGCAAAUCAAUACCCCAGGGAAAUGCUUGGGCCGGUCACCUUCAUCUGGAAGUCUGAGAGGAGCGCUGGAGGCCCCGCUGGGAGCCGGCAGUUGUGGAUCUGGCUCCAUCCUACUCUUAGAGAGGAGAUCUUAGAGGAAAUAAAGGCAGCGUGCCAGUGUAUAGAGCCUAUCCAAUCAACCAUCUGUACCCCGAACUCCCUUCUGACACCUCUCCAAGAAAAAAGCCAAACUGGACUACCUGAUGAGAAAAUUGUCACGAAAAGAAAACGGAAAGACGAUGGAGAAAAUGCUAAACCAGUAAAAAAAGUUUUUGGGAACAGAACUCGAGAUGCACACCAACCCUGUUCUUGGUCAUCACCGGCCACUGGCAUUGUCGUCAGUGAUUUGACGAUGGAGAUGAACAGAUACCGGUUGAUUGGUCCACUCUCCCACUCUGUCCUAACUGAGGCGCUAAAAGCUGCUGCUGUCCACACUGGGGAAGAGGAUACAGAAAAGACACCUCACUCUUGGUGGAUUGAAACCUGUAGGAAUCCUGAUGAUGUGUCCCUUCAUCAUAGACAAGAAGCCAUUUUUGAAAUGUUGGGAGGAAUAACAUCACCAGCAGAAAUUCCAGCAGGUACUAUCCUGGGACUCACAGUUGGAGAUCCUCGAAUAAAUUUGCCUCAAAAGAGGUUUAAAGCUCUGCCUGAUCCCGAAAAAUGCCAAGAUAAUGAGAGAGUUAGACAGCUGCUGAUGGAGGGUGUGCCUGUGGAGUGUACCCAUAGCUUUAUCUGGAACCAAGCUAUCUGUCAGAGUGUCACAGAGAAUAAAAUCUCGGAUCAGGAUUUAAACCGGAUGAGAAGUGAAUUGCUGGUGCCUGGGUCUCAGCUUGUUUUAGGUCCCCAGGAAUCCAAGAUACCUAUACUUUUGAUUCACCAGCCAGGGAGAGUAACUGGUGAAGACCGACGGGGAUGGGGAAGUGGCUGGGAUGUCCUUCUGCCAAAGGGCUGGGGCAUGGCUUUCUGGAUUCCAUUUAUCUAUCGAGGUGCCAGAGUUGGAGGAUUAAAAGAGGGUUUAGUACAUUCUCAGUAUAAAAGGUCACCUAACAUCCCGGGUGACUUCCCAGACUGUCCUGCUGGGGUUCUCUUUGCUGAAGAGCAAGCUAAGAAUCUUCUUGAAAAGUACAAAAGGCGUCCUCCUGCGAAACGGCCCAACUACGUUAAGCUUGGCACUCUCGCCCCUUUCUGCUGUCCCUGGGGGCAGUUGACUCGAGAUUGGGAAUCAAGAGAGCAGACUCAAGGAGAAUCUUGUGUAGCUUCAUCUCCAAACAGUGAGGUGGGCGACUCAGGGAAUGGUGAGGGGCCUCGUGCUGCUGCACCUGACAAGACUCUGCAGUUCUCUGCAGAGGAACCCAGAGAGCCAGAAGACAUGGACACAGAAUGUCAAGGCCAGGCAGGGACUCAGCCAGUCAGAGACCAGGAUGCUGCCCUUGGUGGUCUCUGUGUUGUCAGGGAAAGAAAAUUACUGAAGCAGCUGUCAUCCUGGUGUGGGCCCAGUUCUGGGGGCAGCUGGGUACCCCGGCGAGCUCCUGGCAGGGGCCAGCAAGACCUGACCCGAGAAACCUGUCUGUCCAUCUUGAGCCGCUUCCCCAGGGCCCUGGUGUGGGUCAGCCUGUCCCUGCUCCACAAGGGCAGCCCAGAGCCGUACACCAUGAUCUGUGUCCCGACCAAGGAAGACCUCCUUCAUCUCAGUCAGGAUCGCUUCUACUGUGGGCCUCAGGAAUCCAAACACAGCGACCCGUUCAAGAGCAAGCUCCUGAAACAGAAGAAGGAGAAGAGGCGGAGACGACAGACUGCUUCUCUCGAGGGCCAAGCAGGAGAAGAGCCUGCUGCUGGGCACGAAGCUCUAACACAGGGCCUAUGGUCGGGUCCCCUCCCUACUGUGACUUCACACUGUUCCAGGCUCCUCCUGGGAUUUGUCACUCAGGGGGACUUUUCCAUGGCGCUUGGCUGUGGAGAAGCCCUGGGAUUUGUUAGUUUGACAGGCUUGCUGGAUAUACUGUCAAGGCAGCCGGCAAGGGAGAGGGGCUUGGUGUUACUGAGGCCUCCCGCCUCUCUGCAGUAUCGAUUUGCGAGAAUUGCUGUGGAGGUAUGA